AUGGAGACGUUUUGUGGGUUUCAGAAAGAAGAAGAGCAGAUGGAUUUACCUCCAGGGUUCAGGUUUCAUCCAACAGAUGAAGAACUCAUAAGUCACUACCUCCACAAGAAGGUUCUUGACAUCAGCUUCUCAGCUAAAGCUAUUGGUGAAGUUGACUUGAACAAAUCUGAACCAUGGGAGUUACCAUGGAUGGCAAAAAUGGGUGAGAAAGAAUGGUAUUUUUUCUGUGUGAGGGACAGAAAAUAUCCAACCGGUUUGAGAACUAACCGGGCGACUGAAGCCGGUUAUUGGAAGGCAACCGGGAAGGAUAAAGAGAUUUACCGUGGUAAAUCCCUUGUUGGGAUGAAGAAGACACUUGUUUUCUAUAGAGGAAGAGCUCCUAAAGGUCAGAAAACUAAUUGGGUGAUGCAUGAGUAUAGGCUUGAAGGCAAACUCUCUGCUCAUAAUUUACCUAAAACCGCAAAGAAUGAGUGGGUGAUAUGUAGGGUUUUCCAGAAGAGUGCUGGAGGGAAGAAGAUCCCUAUUUCAAGUCUAAUCCGAAUCGGUUCACUUGGAACCGACUUUAGCCCUUCACUUAUGCCUUCUUUAACCGAUGCUUCACCUUUCAACGAUAAAACCAAAACAGAACCGGUCUACGUGCCCUGCUUCUCCAACCAAACUGAUCAAGCCCAAGGAAACACACUUCAUUGCUUCAGCAGCCCUGACAUUUUCAACAGGAUUCCACUCUACCAAACUCAAUCUCUCCAGGUCUCUAAUAAUCUACAAAACCCAAUUCUUGGUCAAGAACAUCCGGUUCUACAGGCUAUGAUUGAUAACAACAGAAGGCAGAGUCUCAACGUGAUGAGUGUCUCACAAGAAACCGCAGUUUCUACUGACAUGAACACUGAUAUUUCGUCGGAUUUUGAGUAUGGUAAGAGACGUGCUCAAGAAGAUCCGUCUUCCUCUGCUGGACCCGUUGAUCUUGAACCUUUCUGGAAUUACUGA